AUGGAUCCCGCAGAUACAGAAUCUGGCUGUUCAGCGACCGCUCAGCUCUCCACUACUGCCCAGGAGGAGGAUUCGGCUUUCACUGCCCACCGCAACCACCAUGCCCGUUUACUCUUUGGCAUGCGGCAGAGAGGAGCAGAGGUCCGGUCCUUCGCCUCCAAGUUCUUGGAGGAGGCUCGUCUUGCCGGUCUUAGCGGGAACGAGCUAAAGGUCAUCUUCUAUGCCUGUCUCGAUGAGCCUCUCAAAUCCAGUGAGGUGGAGUUGCUCAAGCCCUUAGACUUCGUUGACAUGGUGAGCUACGUCAUGAACAAGCCCGAACCCAAGUCCAGACCUCUGUCACCUGUCCCAGAGGGCCGCGUUGUCGGGAGGAUGGUCCUGGAGAGCUCAGCACCCACCACAUCUAGCUCCAUAAGCUCCGCCCCGCCAGCCAGCCUUCGGGGUAGUCGUCUGGCGAUAAGGGGAAGGGGCAUUCAGACCGGGGCGAUCAGGUUGGGGAGGUCGACUUUCAUCUCUCCAGCGCCGGAGCCUACGCCCGCACCCGAUCUCCUUCCUGCAUUACCGGUCUCCGGACGGAGGAAGAAGAGGAAGAAGGACUCCUCCGCUCUUCAACCAGCUACCACCCCUCAGUUUUCUGAGAAGCAGCAGCCCCUGCCGUCUGCGCAGCCUCCGCUGCAGCCCCUGCCGUCUCCCCUGCCGUCUGCGCAGCCUCCGCUGCAGCCCCUGCCGUCUGCGCAGCCUCCGCUGCAGCCCCUGACGUCUGCGCAGCCCACAGCAGCAGCAUUUAUCUCUGUCCCGUCUCCGCGGCCGUCCGCAGCGGCCCCUGUCACUGCCCCUGUCUUGUCUCCGCUGCCGUCUGCAGCGGCUCCUGUGACUAUUCCUGUCUCGCCUCCGCAGCCGUCAGCUGCGCCCCCUGUCACGGUCUCCAUGUCGUCUCCGCCGCCGGAUGCGGCGCCCCCUGUCAUUGUCCCUGCCUCGUCUCCGCUGCCGUCUGCAGCGGCUCCUGUGACUAUUCCUGUCUCGCCUCCGCAGCCGUCAGCUGCGCCCCCUGUCACGGUCUCCAUGUCGUCUCCGCCGCCGGAUGCGGCGCCCCCUGUCAUUGUCCCUGCCUCGUCUCCGCUGCCGUCUGCAGCGGCUCCUGUGACUGUUCCUGUGUUGUCUCCGCUGCCGGCCACAGCGCCCCCUGUCAUGUUUCCUGUUUCCCCUCAGCCUGUCAACCCUGACCUAGUUGUUCCUGCCUUGCCCCAAGCUGUUUCCUCCCCACGGAACCCUGUUAGGCCUGCCCGGCCUCCACGUACCCAACCCUCAGCUACUCCCCGGGGUCAGAAGGCUCGCCCAGUUCCCAGUCCCAUCCCUCCUCCUGUGAACGUUGUUGUUCCCCCGCCCCCCCUCCCUUGUUUGUUGUUCUUGUUGUCCCACCCGAAUCCUCUAGUUGUCCUGUCUUGUCUUCCCUUGUUAGUGUUUGUCAUGUUUUCGUGGGUGCUGUCCAGUGUCCAGUCUGUCUUGUCCUGUGUCUCUCCUUGA